AUGGCUUCCCCUCUCCACCCCGCAGUCACCGUAUCUAACAUCCGACUACUCAUCCCAAUCACCUUAGACAUUGAACCCGGACACUACACUUCGUGGUCUGAACUAUUCAAGAUUCAAUGUAAGGCGUUUCAGGUCUACGACCAUCUCCAACCUCGGACCACCUCUGCUACUUUUUCUGAUAAAGACAAGGAAAAAGAAAAACCUACCGAAUCAUGGGAGCGUCUUGAUUCAAUAGUUUUGCAGUGGAUAUACAGGACUAUAUCCCCAGAUCUUCUCCACACAAUUUUAAAGCCAAACACGACAGCGUAUGAUGCAUGGACGGCUCUUUCAAACCUUUUUCAAGAUAACAAGGCAACUCGAACGAUUGAUCUCAAUAAUCGUUUUGCAAACACCCGCCUUGAUCAGUUCACAUCGAUGUCUUCUUACUGUCAAGCAAUGAAAUAA